AUGUCCCAGGAGCAGAUCCCCAAGACCCAGCUCGCCGCCGUCUCCGACGACGCCUCCGGCUUUGAGAUCCGCGAGAUCCCCGUCGUCCAGGCCAACGAGCUCGAGCCCGGACGCGCUCUCGUCAAGGUCCUCUACUCGGGUGUCUGCCACACCGACCUUCACGUCAUCAAGGACGACUGGCCGGUCAAGGCUGAGCGCCCCUGCAUCGCCGGCCACGAGGGUGCUGGUAUCAUUGUCGCCAUCAACGACCCCAUCUCCAAGCUCAAGGUCGGCGACAAGGUCGGUGUCAAGUGGAUCGCCCACUCGUGCAACCAGUGCGAGUUCUGCAUUGCCGGUGACGAGCCCCUCUGCCUCGAGGCCAAGUGCUCGGGCAUCAACGCCCAGGGCUCGUUCAUGCAGUACUGCCCUGCCUACACCUCGCAGCUCACCCCCAUCCCCGACAACCUCGACAUGGCCGAGGCUGCCCCCAUUCUCUGCGCCGGUGUCACCGUCUACAAGGCCCUCAAGAACUCGCGCGCCCGUGCCGGCCAGUGGAUCGCCAUCCCCGGUGCCGGUGGUGGUCUCGGCUCCCUCGCCGUCCAGUACGCCAAGUGGAUGGGCCUCAAGGUCAUCGCCAUUGACUCUGGCGCCGAGAAGAAGAAGUACUGCGAGGAGAUUGGUGCCGCCGCCUGGGUCGACUUCAAGGAGUCCAAGGACAUUGUCGCCGCCGUCAAGGCCGCUACCCCCGACGGCCUUGGCCCCCACGCCGCCAUCAUCACCUCGCCCCAGCCCGAGGCCUACCUCAUCGCCAUGGAGUACAUCCGCCCCCGCGGCACUGUCGUCGCUGUCGGUCUCCCCCCCGCCGGCGCCUACGUCAAGGCCGACGUCUUCUUCACCGUCCUCAACAACAAGACCCUCACCUCGUCGUACGUCGGUAACCGCCAGGACGCCAUCGAGUCGCUCCAGAUUGCUGCCGACGGCCACGUCAAGUGCCGUAUCCAGACCGUCCCCUUCAAGGCCCUCGAGAAGGUCUACACCCAGAUGGCCGAGGGCUCGCUUGUCGGCCGUGCCGUCCUCGACCUCUUCGCCUAA